AUGCACCAAAAUAAAAUUUCUCUCCAGUCCUCCUCCCUUCAUUCUCCUUUGCUCCUCCACGAACUCAGACCAAGUGAGAGGACGAAAUCAGGCCGAAAUCAUCCAUCUCCAACCGCUGGGAAGAAAGCCCAGGUCAGACUCGACCCCGUCAUCUCGUCUUUGUCCAAAGGGAGCCCGUUUGUCAUUGCUGGAAGGGUCGUGGGUUUCUUCUUCAAAUCUCCCAUUUUUCUUUUCUUCUUGGUGCAUUCAAGGCCAUCCCUUGGGAUUUUCAAUGAGAUACUUAUCGUUUCGGCAAGAGUUAUCAUGACCUCCAUUAAUCCAUCAUCCAUCCUUAGGGAUCAUCUCUAUUCCACAGAUGACAUAUUGAAAAGAGGGAGGCCGCCUCCUUUGCUUAAGGGCGCUGAUGAAGAUAUAAUCAUUGACGAGGAGCCAGCGCCGAAAACAACUCCAGUGGUUGAUCCCGCAUCCAUAUCGAGAUGCUGCAUAGAGAGGGGUCUAUUUUCGGCAAUCCCUUUAUUCUUCCAAUAUCCAUAUGGCACCAGCAAGGGUUGGUCAGAGUGGGUUGACCGUGAAUUGAGGAACCCCUCCACUUGUGACAUUCUGAGUCGGGCAGGGGUGCUGGAUGCCAUCUUUAUUUCUAAAACUUGCGACAUUCAUAUUGAAGCCAAGAUGCUCCAGCACGUGGUUAGGCGAUGGAGCACCGAGACACACACCUUUAUCUGCUCAUGGGGAGAGUUUGCUCCCACACUUGAGGAUGUAGCCAAUAUUUUCCACCUCCCACUUUGCGGCAACCAAUACCCCUUCCACAUUGUGCUGACUCUGAAAGAUAAACUAAAGCUUGAGAUUUUACGGAAGGGUGCUCCAACUUCUCCUAGCACUUCCCUACAGUUUAGCAACUGGAUACAAUUUUUCGGGAAUGUUAAUAGGAAUGAGCCGUGUCGUCUUGCGGCAUUUGUAUCAUAUGGCUUGGGAGAUUCAUCUUUUGUGAUUUUUCUCAAGACUGUCUACACAAGCGGGGGCGGCAUGAACCAUGGCUGUAGAAACCAAAUUCCCAACACUCGCUUGGAGGAGCCGGAUACCUCAGGCAUGCCUCUCGAAUUUGUUAGUGACCAUGAGCGCCAUGUUGACAUUGAACCGGUUGUGCCCACCUUUGAGGACAGGACGGGUUGCUCACAGGAGGUUGUCAUUGGCCUUCCUGCUACUAUUACUGACACUGUGCAGACUGUCGGCAAGCCACCUGCUCCUCCUUCCCCAAGAACGUCCAACAUGGCUGCCGACACCUCUUCGCAGCUUCCAGCGGUGCUACCUCAUACUCCUCCUUGCCUGAGCACCUCUGACACAGCUGCCGGCACCUCUCCGCAUCUUCCAACAGUGCUGCCUCCUACUCCUCCUAGCCUAGGCACAUUCGGCAAAGUUUCCGGCACCUCUCCACAGCUUCCAGCAGUACUGCCUUGUGGUGAGAUGGUUGAUGACAACCAUAAGGAUGGUGAUGCUCCUAUCAUAGGUACCUGCGAAGGGCAUUUAUCGGAGAAAAGCAUGUCUUGGGAGAAUUCCUUCAUGGCGUUCAAAGCCUUCUUUGACGAUGGUACUAAGAUCCUCCGAUCUAUCGAUGAGCUUCUCCCGCUUUGUCAAAAGUUUGAUGGUCAUGCACCCUUUCAAGGCACCUUUGUGUAUCCAGAGACAAUCGUGAUUUUGAGGAAAUUUAUGGAUCGCUAUGGGAGUUUCAUGGAAGCUUCCGACAUCACCUCCUCUUUCUCAAGGUGUGCUGCCCUCCGAGUUCUUGGCUUGGUGAUCGAUUAUCUUGGCGCGUGGUUCUGUUCCCUUGGAGACCAUAGGAUGCAUGUGUCUUUAGCAUGUGUAGUUUUAUCUUGCUUUGACUGUAGUUUUUUUUUCUUUUGGACACUCUAA